GGAGGAGCUUGUCGGCUCAAGUAGGGGAUGCCAAUCAAAGCUUCAACUUCAAAUUGUAUCUGAGAGAUCAGCCUGGAGACCUCAGGGCCAGGCGCGUCAGUCUGUGCGCAAUUGGUGAUCACAUCACAUCCAAGCGGACUUUGAGCAAGCCAAAGAGAGAGGAAGCUGAGAUUUAAGAGAGUCUUGUUUCCACUGCCUGCCGCCGCAUGUCAGUAGUCGCUCUCACUUUGCCUUGAACACUUUCCCCUUCAACUCAUCUGUUUUUUUUUCCUUCUUCUUCUUUUUAACCUUCGUGCCCACUUUUUUUACGAACAGUUUGUGGACGUUCCGCGCAGUGCAGAGCGUCAACCCUGCGGUGGAAGAUGUCUUUCCCCCAGCUAGGCUACCCGCAGUACUUAAGUGCCUCCCAGGCGGUUUACGGGAGCGAGAGGGCGGGAGUGCUCACGCCUUCAUCCCGGGGAGGGAGCACCGAAAUCGGAGGGAGUCCGUCAGCCACCGCCGCGGCCGUCACGUCCGUGUUGGGCAUGUACGCCAACCCGUACGCGCACAACUACAGCGCUUUCUUACCUUACACCAGCGCGGAUCUGGCUCUUUUCUCACAAAUGGGAUCCCAGUACGACUUGAAGGAUAGUCCUGGCGUCCACCCAGCCAGCUUUGCAGCUCACACCUCUCCUGCCUUCUACCCAUAUGGUCAGUUCCAGUACGGGGACCCGGCCAGGCCUAAGAACGCCACACGGGAGAGUACCAGCACCCUGAAAGCCUGGCUCAAUGAGCACCGAAAGAACCCUUACCCAACUAAGGGGGAGAAGAUCAUGUUGGCCAUCAUCACCAAGAUGACCCUGACGCAGGUCUCUACCUGGUUCGCCAAUGCCAGGAGGAGACUGAAGAAGGAGAACAAGGUGACAUGGGGGAGCAGGAGCAAAGAGGACGGAGAGGAUGGCAAUUUGUUCGGCAGCGGGGAUGAGGCAGAGAAAAAUGAGGAUGAGGAAGAGAUUGACUUGGAGAGCAUAGAUAUAGACAAAAUAGACGAUAACGACGGGGAUCAGAGUAAUGAGGAUGAUGAUGAUAAAUCCACCGACGGGGGCACGAGGGACCACAGACGUGAUGGGGAUGUGGGGGGAGAACUGGACAGCUUGGAGAAAAGACGGGCCUUCACCCUGCAGGGCCACGAGGCCUUAAACAAAUCAAAAAGCUCCAUUUCAGUCCACCCGGGCUGCAAAGACACCUCGGACGCUACCAACAACACCACAAGAGUACUUUCUCCGGACAGACCAGGUGGCUUCCCCUUGCCCUCAAACAAUAAGCCCAAAAUAUGGUCAUUAGCAGAAACCGCCACGACCCCUGACUCUUCGGCCCAGAAACCCACGUCCCCUUCUGGUCCAGUGCCCCCCUCUCACCCUCAGAUUCAAGCCCACCCCGCCUUUCUCCCCAGCCAUGGACUGUACACUUGCCAAAUUGGAAAGUUCCACAACUGGACGAACGGGGCUUUUCUGGGUCAAAACUCUCUUCUCAAUGUGAGAUCCUUUCUGGGGAGCCAUCAUCACCACCAUCAGCACCAGAACCACCACCUGGCGGCCCAGCAGCAGCAGCCAACGUCAGUAGUGGUGUCCCCGCUUGCAGCUGCAGCGGCCCUCACCCAAGAGAGCAAGGCCCCAUUGGAUAGCCCCGAGCAUAUAGAGCACGAAAAUGUUGUACGGUGUGAUUCGCCUCCAACACCAACACUGAAGCCUUCGUUUCGACCCCUUCAUGACAGAUCAUCCCUGCCUUCUAGCGCGAGGAGUCAACAAGACGCUCCACAACGGGUCCUCACCGCGCUCCCUUCGGCUUGAGUUUUCUUUUUUCCUUUUUUUCCCGUGUGCUUGAAAAGAAGACAACGAAAAAAAAAAGACUUCGCCCCCGCCCCCCCCCCCAUCCAAAAAACGGACAAUGCGAAAUUAUGAAGCAGCGUAGCAUUCAGUCUUUGCAGCCGGCGCGGAGCAAAAGGCAUUAUUUGGUAAUAUCCUGUGGAUGGAAAAAUGGAUGUAUGAAUACUUCUUCUGUUGUUGUGCAGCCUAUAAUUGCGCCUGUACUGUUAAUCUAUCUCCCAAUUUUACCCAGACACACUGGGAAACUUUUGGUAGGCUUUUUACUUUGUUAUUAUUAUUAAUAUAAUAUUAUUAUAUCUUGUGUUUAUGGUGUCCUUCUUUAAUGUAAAUAUCACGUGUUGAAAUUUGUAAAUAGGAAACCUU